CUGCAUCUUGGGUACAUAACUCCAUGGUGAUGCAGUGAGCCUGUUGUGUAGACUGGAAACCAAAGUAAGGUAAACGGGGGAGGGUCGGCUACGGGGGGGCUUUCAGUGAGUUACAAUGCGUCUUUCAGGGUGUUGAACGGUCUCGGUAAACGAUGUGCCAACUUUGCCGGUCGUCUCGAAGCGGAAUGAGCCACUCUUGAACCCCGAAAACAAGUCCUUCUUGGCGGGGGAGAGCGAGAAUGCAGAAGCCGAGAGCCCUGCUCGCUGUUGUCGGCUUGACUGGGAAAUGGUAGCGUACUGUAGGAACCGCACUUGGAAGGAACAUGGUCGAGAGGAGCAGCAAAUUCUUGUUGAUCGUCGUCGGAUCCGUGUGUUUUAUGCUGAUUCUCUAUCAGUACGUGGCUCCCGGGGUGAUCAAUUUCGGCUCCCCGCACGGUUAUUUCACGGAGGAAGACGAGGGGGACAUCUUCCCCACUCCGGACCCUCACUACGUUAAGAAAUACUACUUCCCCGUCAGAGACCUAGAGAGGACGAUUGAUUUCCAAAUCAAAGGGGAGGACGUGAUUGUGUUUUUGCACAUCCAGAAGACCGGGGGGACUACCUUCGGCAGGCACCUGGUCCAGAAUGUACGUCUGGAGGUCCCCUGCGACUGCAGACCGGGCCAGAAGAAGUGUACCUGCUACCGGCCGAACCGCAAGGAGACCUGGCUCUUCUCCCGGUUCUCCACCGGCUGGAGCUGCGGCUUGCACGCCGACUGGACCGAGCUCACCAACUGUGUGCCAGGGGUCCUCAACAAGAAGGAGAACAAACAGAAAAAUCUAAGGAAGUUCUACUACAUCACUCUGCUAAGGGACCCGGUGUCUCGAUACCUCAGUGAGUGGCGGCACGUGCAGCGGGGAGCCACGUGGAAAACCUCCCUGCACAUGUGCGAUGGACGGACCCCUACGCCCGAGGAGCUGCCCUCAUGCUACGAGGGCUCCGACUGGUCGGGGUGCACCCUGCAGCAGUUCAUGGACUGCCCUUACAACCUGGCCAACAACAGACAGGUUCGUAUGUUAGCGGACCUGAGCCUCGUCGGCUGCUACAACAUGUCCACGGUUCCAGAGAAGAAAAGGGCCCAGCUUCUCCUGGAUUCCGCCAAGAAGAACCUUCGAGACAUGGCCUUCUUUGGUCUGACAGAGUACCAGAGGAAAACCCAGUUCCUGUUUGAACGAACCUUCAGGUUGCGCUUCAUCAGGCCUUUCAUGCAGUACAACAGCACCCGAGCUGCGGGGGUGGACUUGGACAACGCUACGGUCCAGCGUAUAGAGGAGCUGAAUGAGCUGGACAUGGAGCUGUACGACUACGCCAGGGAUCUGUUCCAGCAGCGCUACCAGUACACCAGGCAACAGGAGAGGCGGCAGCAGCGCAUCAAGAACCACUUGCAGCAGAGCCACCAGGGCCUGGGCCUGGGCGUCAACCUGUGGCCCUCCCAUGGCCGGCAGAGCUCGGUGUCGACACUGGAGGACGGAGAAGGGGAGAGGGAGGAGGGUGAGGAGGGAGGCAGAACGGAGGAGGCGGGCAGCAGGCUUCCCACUGAGGACUAUAUGAACCAGAUCAUCAACCGCUGGUAGCAGCAGAAUGAGAAAUAACACACAGACAUGCAUAUGUAAUGUGAAAAGUACACAAACACACACACACACACACACACACACACACACACACACACACACACACAGAGAGAGAGUGGCGCCUGCAUCAAAAGACCCAAAUGACUGACAGACUUUACUGGAGAGGGCUGCGUGAAUGAGAGUCGCAGUGGUUGUUAUGGAGACCUGGGCUUGGUCGAUUGCAUCAGCUCUCAUUAUUGAGGUUUGCCCAGUUGUUGUUAGCACCUGCUUGCCCUCUCCACCCUCUGAGGUUCUCUGUCUCUCCUAUCAUCAUUACUGACUGAGCAGAGGAGAGAUAUUUUUAAGACUUGCUGACAACCAAGUAUCAUCCAUCUCUCCUGCCUCCCCUCCUCCUCCUCUAUUCCUCUCGUUCUCUGUGGCCUCAUAUGGAGCAUGAGAAAAUAAAAUUAAGUCUGUGAAUUCCCACUAACUCUUAGCAGUCUACUUCCUGGAUGCUCCAUUUUCAAAAGAACUGGGAAAGCUUAUAAAAGUGUGCUAAUGGCUGAGCUGAACAAAGAAAACGGUGAGAGCACAUGAGAGACUGAACUCGAAAGAAGUGAAGAAAAGUUGGACUGAGUUGUGUAAUAAAGCUUUCCGCUUAAAAAAAAAAAAAAAUCAGCCAUUUCACCCAUGAACCCACUUUGGUCAUGAAAUAAUGACAUUUCAUUCUCAUUUUAGGAUGAUUCAUUUAUAUUUUCCUUUUUGUUUAUGCUUUUUUUAAAGCAGAAUUGUAAUAACACUGAGACCAAUGUUGCUGCCUAAAGAAAAGUGAUUCCUUUAUUUCUUUGUUUUUAUUGGUUUUAUAAGUCAAAGCUAAUGGAUCGGAUUGAUGUACAAUGGACCAUAGCCAUUACUGAAGCCUUGCAUCUUGGGGGGGGGGGGGGGGGGGAAGAAGUGGCUUUCUGUUCAAGGUUUCCAAAGCUCCUGUCGCUUAACAAGUUCAUUAUUUCUCCUUUUCUCUCCUUAUUUUUGUGUGUCUCAGUCUUGCAGAGAGUGACAUCCAAUUACAGAGUUGAAUCUUACAUAGGUGCGAAGAAAUCAAAGGCAGGGAGAGGAGGGAGAGUCUGCUGCAGUUUGUUGCCAGGAACCGUGCUGUGUGAGCGGCAAGCGCUUUGGAAACCUUAACUCAGACAAAUGCACGAGAUGGGAGUUGUGGAACUACUGGUCACCAUGGCAAUGUGAGCCCUUAAUGUAGUGGGUGGCAUUUUCAAUGUCUCUUUUUUUUCUUCUCUUUUUUUUCCUUAGCAAAAGCGGCAGUCUCAAACGAGCCUCCUUCCCACCUGCUGAAAGGGCGCACACAGCACCGGUGACCUGUAGUUCGUUAGUGGGGGCCGGUAUUUUACUUGGUUUUACCCUGAAGAACGCACGGGGCAAGGUAGCAGUGCCUCUAUGUACUGGGAUCAUAGUCAACAUAAUUAUUGCCAGAUAUUAUGUCUGCAUUAUACUCCAGUGAUUUCUCUGACUACUCGUGUGUGUGUGUGUGUGUGUGUGUGUGUGUGUGUGUGUGUGUGUGUGUGUGUGUGUGUGUGUGUGUGUGUAAAUAGUAUGUACAGUAUGCCUUUGAUUGGCGUAUGUGUAUGCCUUUGUAAAUAGCGUGCCUGACUGAGAGAGGGUGCCUGAUGAGUUUUGUGAAUGACUGGUUCCAUGACCAAUUUUUUUUGUGGUGAAGGGGCAGGGCAACAAAGUCCCUCCAACAGUAUGUCACAGCAGUGUGACCAUCACAGUGAUGCAAGCCAAUAAUACUCCCCUCUGCCCUUUCCUUUACCAGUUUAUUUCCCCUUUUUCCUAUUACCUCCCGUGACGUAGUUACACAUGAGGACUGUAUCACUACAAUUAUCUAAAAUCCUAAUUUAUAUUUUUCAAAAUCUGCACGUGUGACACGUCUUUACUCUUGACAGCAAAAUCUACAAGUAGGGUUGGCUCACGACAGUCAGCUCCACCAAUUGCAGCAAAUUCUGUGACCCAGGAUUACAUUAUUGGUUGUAACAGCGUUUCCUGCUUUGCAAAAUACCCACAUUUGCUAAGCUUUGAUCCUAACGAAUCUCUUAUUGAACAUUUGAUCUCUCCUCCUGCACCGUAGAAAACAUGUACUGUAUGUAGCUUUUGCCUGUUAAAAUGACAAACAUCACCCAAAUUAGGACCCUUUUGUGAUCUCAGUCAGCACUUAUUCUGUGAUUCGGUCACAGAGUUUCUUACGCAAACUUUAGGGGUAAAUAAAAACGUUACUUUUUUUUUUUACUAGUUAUCCAGCAGCUGUUUUCCAGCAGCUGGACAAAUCUUCAGAGGGAAUUUUUGUGGCCCCACAGGUGUCGGCUCUAGGCAAAUUUAACAUUUAAAUCCUAUAUUUCCAUAGAUUCUGAUGGCUACUGGCAUGACCUGAGCAACUGACUUAGUGUGCCUGCCAGCAUAGAGGAAGUCUGUGGAAAUGGUCGGGUUUAAACGCUGGUCUUGCCCCAGGUAAACAUUUUAUCAGUCCGAAAAAAAACUUUGGAGACACAACCUGCUACUGGAUAACUGUGGGAAAAAAAUAACGUUUUGACCUUUUACUCUUAGGUUUACGUAGGGAACACUGUGAAUGAAUCACGGAGUAACGUACAGAAUGCUGAGGUCUCAGAUGUUGCCAUACCAACGGCAGAUUACAUCAGCUGUAUCCAAUUAAUAUUGACUUCAUAAUGGCUCAAAUGGAACUUGGUUUCUUAGGGGAAGAAACACCACAUCAUAACUGUGAGUGGACUGUGUGGUUUUGUAACAAGAGUGGCUUCUCCAGAUAAUCUAGCUGAUUGCAUAACGUCAAUUUUAACCUUUUCAUAUUAAUAUUUUAAGAUGAUCAUUUUAAUAGUUCUGUAUCAGGACUUUGAGCAUUUGGAGCAAGUUGCUUGCGGAACAUGAGGUGUAAAAGUAAGUAAGCACCACUUGUUAUUUUCAGUGUGCCAGACACUUAAUCAACAUUUCAUAUUUUAUCCUGUUAAUGUAAUUAUCAGGUUGUAGGUGCAGGUUGUAAAGUGUUUCUGCCACCUCCGCUAACCAAGGGAGAUUACAGUUCUUAUAACUCUAACCUAAGAAGGUUCAGAUACAAAAUGCAAAUUUAAUACUGAAUUCAUAUUCCAUAAAACGUUAUUGAACCCCAACCCUAAUAAAAGCAAAGAAUCUGAGCAAUAAGAGGGAAAACCAAGAGGAGACUGUGGAAGAGAAUGUAAAAGUGGGAGAAAGACGUGUCACAGCACGAUUUAAUUAAACUGAAUGUAGUCCAAGUUUGGUGUCAUCCAGGGGGGCAAUGGGAGGAUGCAUGCUUCCUUGGUGUAAGAUAAAUAACAUGUUGCAUCCUGUUGUUGUUAACAAUAGACUUUUGUUUUUACAAAGAAAGAAACCAACGAUUUAGCCGCCCACCACCCUCCUUGUUAAAUUUCAACUAAUCACCCUGGAUCCUCCAGUGUCUCUGCUUUUGAUCAGCUCCUUUCAAAUCAGAGAUGAUUCAUGAAGGGAAGGAGAGAAGAACAAGGGGGGAUGAUAAAAAGGUAUUGGGAUGCAUCCAGAGUCAAUAUGCUGCUUUUUGUGUAGCCUUCAAACUAACGCACAUGGAUAUGGGAAGAGAGAUCUCCCUUUUUUUUUGUUUCGUAUUAACUUCCCCUUCAUUGUAUUCUUGAAACUGGAGACUAGAAAACACUGCAGCUCCGGGCAUUUUGCCCACAACCUCUUUUUCAAAGUCAGACUUGCGUUUGGGCUCCAAACCAAUAUCUGGCUCUGCAUUAGUUUUUGAGGACAAAAUACAAAACUGCUUCUCUACCUUCAGAGUGUUUUAUUUUUCAGUGUUCCAGUUUCAAGUGACCCAUCAAACUUGAGGCAGUCCUCAAAAAUACUCCCUGUACCUGAGCAGUGUGUGAAAGAUACAUCCUUUCACUGAAAUGAUUCCAGGAAUUGAUGCUGUAAAGCUAUACUCAAAUAUUUUAUGUCUCAUCACUAUGUAUAUCUGAUGUCUUAACAGCUAUUCCUUUGUGACAAUGAAGCAACCCAGGUGUCGCUAACAUCAUCCCUUUUUUCUUUUUGUUAUUUUUUUAAAAAGACGUGUUAAAAAGAGUGUGAUAGAGACUUGUUUUUGUUUUUUUCGGAUUGGUGUGCAGUAUGUCUCUGGCUCCUUCUGUAUGCAUCAUUCUGGGUUUGUUUCUUAUGAUUGCAAAAAUGAAUCCUCAAGCCACCAAUUAAAAUGUCAUUUUUACAGA